UCGAGUGACGUCACCGCUGUGAUCGUCAGUGCAGCAAUGAGCACGGGCGCCCCGUGACUGCAGGCGCAGGAGAAGUCACGCCAGGCGCCAGGUCCAGGCUCUCUCCACUGCUGCCGAGGCGUGGACGUGGGGAGGGUGGAGGAGGCGGUGACGACGACGAUGGAGGAGGAGGGGGGGAGGAGCCCGCACAGAGGAGACGUGGGUGAGGCUGACCGUGGUGCAUCAGGACUGAGGGGUGCCGCUUCCCGGAGCCCGGCCCAGGUGGAGGUUGCCUUGGAGGAGGACGACGACAGCGGAGAUGACGACGACGACGAUGACGACGACCAUGAUCAGAGCGAUGCCGGGAGGCCGCCGGGCCCGGCGCUCCGACCCACACGGCGACGGGGAUGGCCACGCCGGGGGGCCGCAUCCAGCCAGGCGUCCAGCCAGGCGUCCAGCCAGGCGUCCAGCCAGGCGUCCGGUCCGGCGUCCAGCCAGGCGUCUGGUGGGUGCCGCCGCUCGUCCCUGCGGGCUCGCCCCUACGCGGCGAGGAGACGCCACGACGACUCCUCCUGCUCCUCCUGCUCCUCCUGCUCCUCCUCCUCCUCGUCGUCGUCUUCGUCGUGGUCCGCCAGCAGCAACGAGGACUUUGUGUGCGAGGAGUGUGGGAUGUGCUUCGGGGAUCCCCUCUUCCUCGACCGGCACCGGCGGCUCCACGGGCGAUCGGGGAGCGGCACGGAGCCGCCGCCGCCGGGGCCGGGCGGCGGCGACGGCGGCGGCGGCGGCGGCGGCCGUCCCCCGGGAGACGGAGCCGCCCCCAUCGGAGUCUCCCAAGCGGAGCAGAAUUCCAGGGGGACCGCCGGGAACGAGCCGGAGCCACCGCCGCCGCCGCCGCCGCCGCAUCGUCGUCAUCGUCGUCGUCGGCGUGAUCCUCGACGUCGGCACGACCGCCGCCGUCUUCGUCAGCAGCGGCGGCAGCGGCAGCGGCAGCGGCAGCAGCAGCAGCCGAGGGCGGCAGUGGAGUGGCUGUGGCAGUGCAACGAGUGCAAGCGCGGAUUCCCCACCAUCGCCGUGCUCAAGCGCCACCUGCGGGCGCACGAAGGCACCGGCGGCGGGCGGGGCGAGGCGCAGCAGGCGCACUUCACCAUGAUCGCCUACGCCGGACACGGGCAGCUGUGGGCGCCGGGGGUCGGCACGGACGCCGGGGCGGCGACGCGGGGACGGGGGCCGGGCGGUGGCGGCGGUGGAGCGAGAGACGGAGGGCCGGAGGCGCCACCGGCCCUGGUGAAGCUGGAGGGCGUGGAAGGGGAGGACCGAGUUCAGCAGGAGACCCCCCGCACCCCCGGGGCCCCGGAGCACCCCUCGGAGACAGGGCCCCCCCCACGGGGAGUGGGGGAGGGGCCGGUGGUGGGGGGUGGCUGGGACCCACAGCCGGCGCCGGGAGUCAGCAGGAGCGGCAGGCGACCGCCGAUGGCGCUGACGCUGCCCCAGCGCCUGCAGAUCAUCGAGCUGCUCGACCGCAAGUGGUCGCAGGACUCCAUCGCGCGUCUCUUCGGCACGUCGCAGUCGCGCGUCUCGCGCAUCAACUGCGGCCGCCGCCUCAUCCUCGACGCCGCCCGGGAGGAGGGGGGGAACACCGGGGGGAGAGACUCCACCGUCACCGUCACCGCCACCGCCGCCACCGCCGCCGCCGCCGUCCCGGGAGAUCGGCCGACGGCGGCGAGGGAUGGCGCCGGCGGCCGCCGCGGCUCGGCGUUCCCCACGCCGACCGAGCCGGGCCGGCGGCGGCACCGCGAUGCCCGCGGCGGACGCUUCGCGCCGGUGGCGCACCUCAAGGCCCACCGGCACGCCCAGCACGGCGCUCGCCGGCGAGGGGGCCGGGGAGGCCACGGUGGCCGGGCGGCCGAGGGCCCGGCGGCUGCGGCGGCGGCGGUGAUGGAGAGGGGACCCGGCAAAGUGAAGGAGGAGGUGGAAGAGGAGGUUCGCUCCAUGCGGACGACGGUGGCGGUGAAGGUGGAGUGCCAGGAUGACGGUUACGGCGCCGACGAGGCCCGCGGGAGGAGCGCCUCCUCGCCCCCCGGGGCCCGCCGCCGGUGCGACGACGCCGAGCGGUCGGGGGCCGGGGCGAGCGUCGUGGGCCGUCCGCGCCGGGCGUCGCGGGGGGGGCCGCGGUGCCGGCCCCUCGGGAACCUCGGGCCUCCGGCACCACGCGUCGUGACGGGGCGCCGCCAAGAACCGACGCCGCGCGUGCCCUUCCGGCGCUCGCCCGGGUCCACGUCGGCUUCCGGGUGGUACAGCCUCCCUUCUAGCGUGCCCUACACACUCCGGGCUACGCUCUCGCGGGUCCUCCGCUGCGGGGGCUAG